AAUUAAAAAGCAACGAAAAAAGCACCGAAAAAAGCGACAAAAGAAAAGCACCGAAAAAGCGACAAAGAAGCAUCAAAAAAAUGACGAAAGAAGCACCAAAAGAAAAGCACCAAAAAGUGCUGAAAGAAGCACUAAAAAACAACGAAAGAAGCACCGAAAAAAUACCGAAAAACAACAAAGAAAAGCACCGAAAAGCGAUAAAAGAAGCACCGAAAAAAGCGACGAAAGAAAAGCACCGAAAAAGCGACGAAAGAAGCACCAAAAAAACAACGAAAGAAGCACCGAAAGAAAAGCACCGAAAAGCGACAAAUGAAAUACCGAAAAAUGAUGAAAAAAGCACAAAAGAAGUACCGAAAAAAGCGACGAAAGAAAACGACAAAAGAAGCACCGAAAAAAGCGACGAAAGAGGCACCAGCAAAGCGACGAAAGAAGCACUGAAAAACCGACGUGAAAAAAAGCAGCAAUAUUCUAGAUUGCAGACCAGUGAAAAUCUGUUGGUGCCACUUGG